AUAAGAGUCACCUCAAACAACAGAGUAAACUCAGCGUAGACCUUCCUCUCCACAAUGAAGAUGCUGCAGGUGACAUUAUUCGUGGCUUUUCUGGGGUUUUUAGCCUCAGCUGCCACUGCCUCGAAGGAUUUUCUGCCCUUCGACUGCAAUGAAAUCUAUUGCCAUGACAACACCAGCUUGAGUGGGGUGUACACCAUCUUCCCCGGGGAUCCCACCACUCCACUGCAAGUCUACUGUGACAUGAACACUGACGGGGGCGGAUGGACGGUAUUUCUCCAGAGGAUGGAUGGGACUGAAAACUUCUACAGGCCCUGGAGUCACUAUAAGGCCGGAUUUGGGAACAUGGCAGGAGAAUAUUGGCUCGGCCUGGAAAACAUCCUCCUGCUGACUGUGAGGAAGGAGAACGGGCUGCGGGUCGACAUGGAGGACUGGGAGGGGGUGAAGGCGUACGCCAAUUACUCCUCCUUCUCCAUCGAUUCUGAGGUUGACGGUUAUCAGCUUCACCUGGGCAAAUUCACUGGCGGAAACGCAAGGGACAGUUUGACAUACCACAACAACAUGAAGUUCUCAACGUUUGACAGAGAUCAGGACACUCACAGUAUAAACUGUGCUCAGCGUUAUCUCGGUGGAUUCUGGUACUCCAAAUGCCAUCAAGCCAACCCCACCGGUCUGUACGCACCUCCAGGGCUUGUGACUGCAAAUGAAGGCGUUUUCUGGAGAUCGUGGAAGGGCGUGAACUAUGGCAUGAAGACCUUAUCCAUGAAGAUCAGAUCAGUCUCUGCAUGUGCAUGCGCUCAAAAACCUGUUUAGCUGUACACUUUUAUUGUUGACUUUAUUAAGGUUUUCAAGUUUAUACAAGAUUUCAGACAACUUGGACCUUCGUGUUCACCGAACUAUGAUUUUCCUGUGAGGCUAAAAACGAAAUUCUUGUUUCAAUGCCACAUAUAUAUAUAUAUUCUACUUCCAACAAACACUGAUACUGUUGUUGAAUAAUCAUAAUUAUAUAGUAAAUGCUUCAGUGAGAUUAAACCUUUUCUUUACUAAUCAAAAAAACAAUUAUGUAGCUGCAACUGUGUUUUGAAUUCUUUCAAAUUGUUCAUUCUUGUUUACUGAACUAUGAUAUUCCUGUCAGGCAAAUAAUGAAAGUUUGUGUGUUUUUAAUGCCAGGUGUU